AUGGAUGCAAAAGUACCGAUUCUGAGUGCCAAUGAACCCGUCGUUGGGUCGGAGGACUUAGCUUGCCGAACUCAGAACGAGGAGAAUGAUAACCUACAAGAGGGUCAGAUAUUGUGUGAUUGCAGUGGAUAUGUCUGCAAAUCGAUAGACCAGGGCUCCUGGAAACUGGCUGAUCGGAGUAGAAAAGCCUUUAAUCGGGAUCGACCGAAACGUAUGAUAUCAGCGCCUUCCCCAUAUGCAGAUGACUUGAAUAUAGUUGAGCGUCGAGACGGGCCCACACUUCGUGAUUUUGAUGAAUAUAAAUUAACCGAGUUGACCAUUAUAGUUUUCUAUCCUAUUCCCAUUGAAAAAUGCUUCUAUUUCAACAAUUCGGCGGCAACCAUCGAAGUACCCGAGUCCCUCGAAAAAAUCCUAUCGUUUGAGAACUUCGGGAAACCAAUUCGUCAGAAAUAUGGUAUAUUCAGAGUUGUAAGAUGUUGUUGGUCCUUCAGAGCUCAAGAUAGUCCGCUAGCAUCGAUCUAUCGUAGGUACGAAUUUCUUGUCGCAGAUGUCUGGAAGGAAAUUUCCUAUGAGGCGGAUUAUCUUUGGUAUAGCCUCUUUCCCGUGGAAAGAAUCCCCGAGCCAUCGGAUAUUCUGGAUGUAAAGACGUAUGCGUGCAUUGCUUCUCUUGUGCAGACGCUGGUUAAGGCGUAUAAUUAUAAGAUAAAUCUGGGGAUUCCGAGGUAUAAACCUAAGGGUAUGACGACGAGGCAGUGUUCGGAGCUGCCGAGGGUUUUGGAAAAGGCGCCGGCGUGGGCUGUUUCUUACCCACCGCUUUCAGAUACGGAUGCGGAGGGUCUACGUACUAUCAUUUCGAAAAGGAGAGAGAACGGUGGGGAAGUUGAGGAGGAGGAGAAGGAGGAGGAUAGCGAUUGUGAGCAGGAAGAUGUUUCCGAACUACAGUUUAUCUAUCACAUCUACGAAUACUGGUAG